UAGCACCCACAUUAUUUUAAGUAGAUGGCCUCCAAAACGUACUUUUAGUGCACGCAUGCGGGGCCCAUUAACCGGACACUGUGGUGGUAGCUCCAAGGAUGGAAAGCAGAUAGGGACAGACCAUGGCUUAGGACCUCUUGCCCUGCCAAGUUUUAAUUUAUUUUUUUUUUGUUGCACCAGUGGCAUCAAAAAUUUGUGGUUUUUAGGCUUGAAUUUAACAGGUUUUCUGUGGUGGUUUCUUUAGACAUUCAGGUCUUGGAUUCAAGUGUCCUUCACACUAAAGUCUUGGUGGCAGUGGUAUGGUGCGAUGGAGCGGAGAGUGAACGGCAUCUAGGACCGGUCUGAAUGACCGACGUGCAACAGGCAACGGGGCUGCAAAACUCACUGAAGGCUCAUCGGCUUUGGAGGAACUGUUGCACGAAAUCCCGCCGCGAUGUCCCUGCUGUGUGUCAGAGUAAAGAAAGCCAAACUCCACGGGCCUCCAGACAAGUUCAACGCCUAUGUAACCUUAAAGGUGCAAAAUGUGAAGAGUACAACCAUCACGGUCCGUGGGGAUCAACCAUGUUGGGAACAAGACUUCAUGUUUGAGAUCAAUCAUCUGGAGUCAGGUCUGGUGGUGGAGCUGUGGAAUAAAGGUUUGAUCUGGGACACUAUGAUCGGCACGGUGCUGAUACCCCUGGACACCAUUCGACAGUCUGACGAGGAGGGACCGGGAGAGUGGACGUCUCUGGACUCCGAGGUGUUAAUGAGAGAGGACGAGAUCUGCGGUACCACCAACCCAACCCCACACCAGGUGCUGCUGGACACCCGCUUCGAGUUACCCUUCGAUAUCCCAGAGGACGAGGCUCAGUACUGGACCAGUAAACUGGAGCGGAUCAAUACCAUGCGGAUACAUGACGAGUAUCCACUGCAGGAAGAGGUCCAGAGAAGACGGAUGGCAUCUGUACCCUCCCAGUGCUCUUUUGACGACCACGAUAGCGCAGUGGACGACCGUGAUAGUGACUACCGCAGUGAAACUAGCAACAGACCUCCACGGUUCCACAACACCUCCCAGACAAAUUCAUCAGUGCACCAGUACCCUAUAGGACGCAGGGUCCAACAUCAAACCCUGUCCAGGGAGUCUGACUCUAUGCAAAGCUAUGAGCUAGACUAUAGAGAGAUGAGGGGACCCAGUCCACCGGACAGCAGUCGGUUUGAUUCAUCGGGCAACCUCAGCCCGGCCAGCUCCCAGCUCAGCUCUGAACCCGAGGAGCGGCAAGGUCCCGAGUCCUGCCACCCCAGCGGCACUCAUCCCCCUCUCCAUAGCCAGCCAUCUACCUGGGACGAGCGAGAAGAGGAGGAGGAGGAGGAGAAAGAGCUGCAUCCACUACCUGAGCCUGGUUCAAACAAAGAUUCGAAGGACUCCUCGGUCAUCCUGCCCAAACCAAUCUUGGACAACCACGAUAACAAGACUCAGACUAAAAUCUGUUUGUUCGAAGAUGGCCGUCCACCCUGCUCUCCGUCCAGAGUCCGCUGGCUAAAAGCAUACAACAAAGUGAGAGUACAGCUCCUGGAGAGCCGGGAUCAAGAUGGUGACCCGAGCAAGCACCCGUGGGCCAAGCCAGGGGGAAACACACCGUUUGGCAUUGACAGCAUGCCAGACCUCCGCAAGAGGAGGCCCAUUCCCCUUGUUAGUGAACUGGCUAUGUCUAUGAUACAAUCCAGGAAAGCUGGACUCGCCCACAUGCUGGCCACACGGACCUCCCUGAAAGAUGAGGAGCUCAAAAACCAUGUCUACAAAAAGACCCUACAGGCUCUGAUCUACCCCAUCUCCUGCACCACGCCCCACAACUUUGAGGUCUGGACGGCCACUACGCCCACCUACUGCUAUGAGUGCGAGGGUCUGCUUUGGGGCAUUGCCCGGCAGGGCAUGCGCUGUGCCGAGUGUGGAGUCAAAGUGCAUGAGAAAUGCCAAGAGCUGCUGAACGCUGACUGCCUGCAGAGAGCAGCCGAGAAGAGCUCCAAGACAGGGGCGGAAGACCGGACGCAGCACAUCAUCAUGGCCAUGAAGGACAGGAUGAAGAUCCGCGAGAGGAACAAGCCGGAGAUCUUUGAGGAGAUCCAGAAGGUGUUCAACAUCUCCAAGAUGAUCCACGCCCAGCACAUGAAGAGCAUCAAGCAGAACGUCCUGGACGGCACCUCCAAGUGGUCAGCCAAGAUCACAAUCAACAUCGUCAGUGCGCAGGGUCUCCAGGCCAAGGACAGGACAGGCUCCAGUGACCCCUAUGUCACCAUCCAAGUCGGCAAAACCAAGAAGAGAACAAAGACCAUCUACGGCAACCUGAACCCUGUCUGGGAGGAAAAGUUUAGCUUCGAGUGCCACAACUCGUCAGAUCGUAUCAAGCUGCGCGUUUGGGACGAGGACGAUGACAUCAAGUCGCGGGUGAAGCAGCGUCUGAAGAGGGAGUCCGACGACUUCUUGGGUCAGAGCAUCAUCGAGGUCCGAACGCUGAGCGGAGAGAUGGACGUCUGGUACAACCUGGAGAAGAGAACAGACAAGUCGGCGGUGUCUGGUGCCAUUCGUCUUCAGAUCAGUGUGGAGAUUGAGGGAGAGGAAAAGGUGGCACCGUACCACGUACAAUACACGUGUCUUCAUGAGAAUAUGUUUCACUUCUCCACGGAUGUUGAGGGAGGGGGCGUGGUGAAGAUCCCAGUGGCUCAGGGAGACGACGCCUGGAAGGUUUACUUUGACGAAGUGCCACAGGAAAUCGUGGACGAGUUCGCCAUGCGCUACGGCAUCGAGUCUAUAUACCAGGCCAUGACCCAUUUCUCCUGCCUGUCCUCUAAGUACAUGCUGUCGGGGGUGCCAGCAGUGAUGAGCACCCUGCUGGCCAACAUCAAUGCCUUCUACGCCCACCCCACCGCCUCCACCAAUGUCUCCGCUCCGGCCAGAUUUGCAGCCUCCAACUUCGGGAGAGAUCGUUUUGUGAAGCUCCUGGAUCAGCUGCACAACUCCCUGCGUAUAGACCUCUCCAUGUACAGAAACAACUUCCCAGCCAGCAGCAAGGCUCGCCUCCAUGACCUCAAGUCAACCGUGGAUCUUCUCACCAGCAUCACCUUCUUCAGAAUGAAGGUCCUGGAACUGCAGAGUCCUCCCAGGGCUGCCAAUGUGGUGCGGGACUGCGUCAAGGCCUGCCUGAACUCCACCUACGAGUACAUCUUCAACAACUGCCUGGAGCUCUUCAACCGUCAGUUCCAGCCCAAGGAGGAGAGCCUGCCGGAGGAACAGGGCCCGAGUAUUCAGAAUCUGGACUUCUGGCCCAAACUCAUCACACUCAUCGUCUCCAUCAUUGAGGAAGACAAGAACUCGUACACACCCAUCAUUAACCAGUUUCCUCAGGAACUCAAUGUUGGCAAAGUCAGCACUGAGGUCAUGUGGACGCUGUUCGCUCAGGACAUGAAAUAUGCCCUGGAGGAACACGAGAAGCAUAAGCUCUGUAAGACCGCCGACUACAUGAACCUGCACUUCAAGGUCAAGUGGCUCUACAACGAGUAUGUUAAGGACCUGCCCGCCUUCACAGACACUGUGCCUGAGUACCCGGCCUGGUUCCUGCAGUUUGUCCUGGCCUGGCUGGCUGAGAACGAGGAGGUGUCGAUGGAGUUCAUGCAUGGGGCGCUGGAGAGAGACAAGAGAGAAGGGUUCCAGCAGACAUCUGAGCAUGCGCUGUUCUCCAGCUCGGUGGUGGACAUCUUCACUCAGCUCAACCAGAGCUUCGAGAUCAUCAAGAAACUGGACUGCCCGGACCCCACUGUGGUGGCCCAGUAUAACAGACGCUUCGCCAAGACCAUCACCAAAGUGCUGCUGCAGUACUGUGCCCUGCUGGCCAAGAGCUUUCCCUCGUACUGUGAGAAGGAGAAAAUACCCUGUGUGCUGAUGAACAACAUCCAGCAGAUGAGAGUCCUUUUGGAGAAGAUGUUUGAGUCGAUGGGAGCAAAACAGCUGGAUACAGAGGCCGCUAACAUCCUCAAUGAGCUUCAGGUGAAGCUCAGCACCAUCCUGGACAACUUCAGCACCAUGUUCGCCAAAAGUUUCCAGACUCGUAUCAACGGCUGCAUGCGUCAGAUGGCUGAGAUCCUCUACCAGAUCAAAGGCCCCCCCAACCACAACACUGCGGAGGCAGAUGCCGACACCAUGCUGAGGCCCCUCAUGGAGUUCCUGGAUGGGAAUCUCAGUAUCUUCGCCGACAUCUGUGAGAAGACGGUCCUGAAGAGGAUCCUGAAGGAUCUGUGGAAGAUCGUCCUGAGCAGCCUGGAGAAGACCAUCGUCCUGCCUCAGAGCAACGACAGCCUGGGAGCCCAACUCCUCACGGCAGCUAAAGGACUCUCAAAUCUCAAGGGAGGAGGUGAAGCCAAAACCCUGACACCCAAGCAGUGCAUAAUCAUCGAUGCGGGGCUGGAGACCAUCAAGCAAUACUUCCAUGCAGGAGGAAACGGGCUGAAGAAGGCAUUUGUCGAGAAAAGUCCCGAACUGGCGUCACUGCGUUACGCCCUCUCCCUGUACUCCCAGAGCACCGACGCGCUCAUCAAGACCUUUGUCACCACACAACACUCCCAGGUGCAUGAUGGGAUGGGCAUCAGGAUCACUGGCAAUGAAAAGAUUCGACCUGACAGGGGUUCAGGGGUAGAGAAGCCAAUCGGAGAGGCCGUCCUGCAGAUCGACAUGAUGCUCGGGAAAGAACGCAAGGUCAACGUCAGAGUCAUCGCAGUGAACGACAUGAAGUGGCAGACAUCGGGUAUGUUCCGGCCUUUCGUCGAAGUCUCCAUGGUUGGUCCCUUCCUGGCCGACAAGAAGCGCAAGUUCACCACAAAGUCCAAGAACAACAGCUGGACGGCAAAGUUCAACGAGGCUUUCCAGUUCGUCCUGGGUAAGGAAUCCCCAGACUGCUACGAGCUCCAGGUGACGGUGAAGGAUUACUGUUUCGGCCGGGCGGACCGGGUGGUCGGCAUCGCCGUGGUUCAGCUGCGCGACGUCGCCGACCGCAAGAGCUGCGUGUGCUGGUGUCCCCUCGGGCCCCGCACCCAAACCGACGAGACGGGCAUGACGGUGAUGCGCAUCCUGUCCCAGCGACCUGCCGACGAGGUGGCCAAGGAGCUGGUCAAGCUGAAAUCUGAAACUCGUCCCGUGGAGGAGGGCAGAUGAGCAGAGGCACUGACUCGGGAUCAGGGAUCGUCGGAAAGGUUGAAGACUGACAUGGAUCAAGGUCUCGGUUUAGAGCCAGGGCUACGUUUUUGUUUCAGGGGCUUUGUUUAUGAGCGCCGUCAUCUUCAGUAAACACAGACCAUUAAAGCUUCUGAGUGAUAACAUUCAACAUGAGAAGGAAACAGUAGAUGUAAGCAGGUUGGCUGUUUGUUAUGGUACAAAAGAAACGUAUUCAAUUCGACAGGUGAAUUUUGGAAGGUGAUGCUCUCUCAAAAUGUUGAAUGUAUGACGAUAAUCUGCACCGAUAUCAUAACUAUCAAGCAGCAUAUGGGCUUGAAUCACCAACUCGGUGGUCAGAAAUGGUUCGAGCUCUUCUCGAUAUUCUAAUUCUAAUGACCGACUACUUCGGUCGUCAAUGGCCCAAUUGAAUCUGGCUAGAAUCUAACACGUCUGUCAUCUGUGGGCCGUUGCGAGCCGACCUCACCAUGCUGAUUCACAGGAGCGGAUGGAUUCGGGCCCGUCUGCCAAGCGGUAUGAAAAGAUGCAAACGUGCCAUUAGUUUUGAAAGCUGAAUGGACCUUAACAGUAUAUUCUGACCGCUAUGAAGCGACGGAGUAACCGCGACAUGAGAUGGGCGAGAGCUGGAGGAGGUAAUCCAGAUUCUUGUUCCGUGUGAGCCUCCGGGGCCCUUCGACCGCCAACAAAUAGCUUCGGUGACAUCGGCAUCACUGGUGACCCUGGUGAUCCAGCAGUUCCCCAAAUAAGGGCACUGGAUACCAGCCGUCAACCAGCGGACUAAUGUCACAUCAAAGUGAACGAAAUGUCACACUUAGCAUGAGUGGUUGCAAAGGGCUAAAGCUCGUGAAAAAACAUCCGAGAAGGUAACCGAGGAAAACUGCUGCAAAAUCGUAUUAUGGGGAUUCAGUAGCCGACAAUAAUUCCCUGACUUGAUGACAAAGAACAAAAUUAAAACAGCUUAUGGAUCACGGGUUACUCAUUUUUCAGAAGAAGUGAAACACACACACACACACAUCCGCCGAAUCCCGCCACAUAUUUUGAUCCAUGCCAACUGACACCCGUAGCACCAGGUGCAUCUUAGUCAGGGUACAGUGGCCGAUCCAGAGAGCUUCUCCGCGGAGCUGACUCGCGUCCACGCUGGACAAUGCCGUAGGACCGCGACAGAUUCCGACGC